CCACAAUGUGCCCAUUUUCUUGCAAUAAUCAACAUCAUAAGCACUAACUCCAUAGAUUCCUUUCUCUUGCGCAUAUAAGGAGAUCACCUUUUUCCCAUUCUUCACUUUCCCAAAUCCCUAAUCGCAUUAAAUCCUCUCAACUAAACAGACUUCAAGAAAACCCUCAAAUUCUUCGUCUCCAAAUGCACAAAUUUGAUCCCAACUCUUGAAGUUUCCAUCAAUGGAGACCACCAUAAAGCCAUUGAAAAAGAAAGCAUGGUUUCUUCCUCUCAUCUUGUCUCUACUCACCUCCUCAAUUCUCAUCAUCUUCUCUCUGUUCUUCACUUCAUCUUCAAACCCUUUUCAUCAAUCCACAUUAAAAUCUAAAACCCAUCAGAACCCGGUUUUUGUUGAAUCAAAACUGUACAUCUCUCCCACAAAACCUGCUUCAUCCGUACCGAAACUUGCUUACUUGAUCUCUGGUUCAAGUGGCGAUGUUGAGUCAUUGAAGAGGACCCUCAAGGCGUUAUACCAUCCAUUGAACCAAUAUGUUGUGCAUCUGGACCUUGAGUCACCGGCCGAAGAAAGAUUGGCGCUUGUUGAUUUUGUGAACAACGAGGCUGUGUUCCAAGAAGUGGGUAAUGUUAGGGUGGUGACUAGGUCUAAUUUGGUAACUUAUAGAGGACCUACCAUGGUUACGAAUACGCUUCAUGCCGCGGCGAUUCUUUUGAAGGAAGGUGGUGAUUGGGAUUGGUUCAUCAAUUUGAGUGCCUCUGAUUACCCUUUAGUUACCCAAGAUGAUCUGCUUCACACAUUUUCAACUGUUCCUCGAGACCUAAAUUUUAUCGAGCAUACUAGUGACAUUGGUUGGAAAGAAUACCAAAGAGCCAAGCCUGUUAUAAUUGAUCCGGGGCUGUAUAGUCUUAAAAAAUCAGACGUAUUUUGGGUCUCCCAGAAAAGGAGUGUGCCUACUGCUUACAAGCUCUUCACAGGUUCUGCUUGGAUGAUGCUUUCCCGGCCCUUCAUAGAAUAUUGUUUAUGGGGUUGGGAUAACCUUCCAAGAAUCGUCCUCAUGUACUAUGCCAACUUUCUUUCAUCUCCAGAAGGGUAUUUUCACACAGUAAUCUGCAAUGCCGAAGAGUUUAAAAAUACGACUGUAAAUCACGACCUUCAUUUCAUUUCUUGGGAUAAUCCUCCAAAACAACACCCACAUUUUCUUUCCAUUGAUGAUUACGAAAGAAUGGUAGAAAGCCAUGCACCAUUCGCCAGAAAAUUUGGUGAAGACAAGGAAUUACUCGACAAAAUUGACUUGCAACUUCUAGGACGUGAACCCGAUGGGUUUGUGACAAGCAAUUGGUUUGAUAGAAGUGAUACAAAUAAAACUAUUGCCGAGAGUAUAGUCAAGAAUGCAACUCAACUGAAACCAGGCCCUGGGGCCGAGAGGAUCAAGACCCUCAUCGGUGGUAUGCUAUCUGACAAAGAUUUCCAUGCGAAGCAUUGUAUCUGAUAAUUUCAGUAUGCCCGUCUUCCUGAAGUCGAUUAUCCCAUUUUCCUCCAUUUCUAGUUUCGUUUCAUGGUUCUCUGGAAAUGAGAUCCACGGUGGGAAUCAAGAAACGGAGAAAAUGGUUGAUAAUGUGUAACUUGUAAGCAACAAGCAAUAGUAUUUCAUUACUGAUGUAUGCUGUCCAAGAUAAGGUUUUUCUUGGAAUAUAUUACUAUAAAGAUCUCAAAUUUAUAUAGAUAUUAGUUCAGAAUAU